AUGGCCGAGGAAUUGAGCAAGAACUUCGAGACUCUCCAGCUCCAUGCGGGCCAGGUGCCUGACCCCGCGACGAACUCGCGCGCCGUCCCCAUCUACGCGACCACGAGUUUCACUUUCAAUGACUCUGCCCACGGCGCGAGGCUUUUCGGCCUCAAGGAGUUCGGCAACAUUUACAGCCGUAUCAUGAACCCCACGGUCGAUGUCUUCGAGAAGCGUAUCGCAGCGCUCGAGGGUGGUGUCGCCGCCCUGGCCACCUCUUCCGGUCAGGCUGCCCAGUUCAUUGCCAUCAAUGCGCUCGCUCACGCCGGUGACAACAUUGUCUCUACCUCCCUGUUGUACGGCGGCACCUACAAUCAGUUCAAGGUGUUCCUCCCGCGUCUGGGCAUCCACACCAAGUUCGUCGACGGCGACCGCGUCGAGGACAUUGCCAACGCCAUUGACGAGAAGACCAAGGCUGUCUACGUCGAGAGCAUUGGCAACCCCAAGUACAACGUCCCUGAUCUGGAAGCCAUCGCCAAGGUUGCGCAUGAGAAGGGUGUUCCCGUCAUUGUUGACAACACCUUCGGCGCUGGUGGCUACUUCAUUCGCCCUAUCGAGCACGGCGCCGACAUCGUCGUCCACUCUGCCACCAAGUGGAUCGGCGGCCACGGCACAACUAUUGGUGGUGUCAUUGUCGACAGCGGCAAGUUCAAGUGGGACAACGGCCGCUUCCCCCAGAUGACCGAGCCCUCCGACGGCUACCACGGCCUCAAGUUCUGGGAGACGUUCGGCCCCAUCACCUUCAUCAUCCGCGCUCGCGUCGAGAUCCUCCGCGAUCUUGGAGCGUCCCUCAACCCCUUCGCCGCCCAGCAGCUCCUGAUCGGCAUCGAGACCCUGUCUCUCCGUGCCGAGCGCCACGCGCAGAACGCUCUUGCCCUGGCCAAGUGGCUAGAGGCCAGCGAGUAUGUCAGCUGGGUCUCUUACCCCGGUCUGGAGAGCCACCCGUACCACGAGACGGCUAAGAAGUACCUCAAGCGCGGUUUCGGUGGUGUGCUCAGCUUCGGCGUCAAGGGUGGCGGUGCUGCCGGCAGCCAGGUUGUCGACGGCUUCAAGCUGAUUUCCAACCUGGCCAACGUUGGUGACUCCAAGACUUUGGCCAUCCACCCCUGGACCACUACCCACGAGCAGCUGUCAGACGAGGAGAAGACGAGCUCUGGUGUCAGCGAGGACCUUAUCCGUAUCUCCGUCGGCACGGAGCACAUCGACGACAUCAUCGCCGACUUCGAGCAGGCGUUCAAGAACGCUGCCGCCGCCACGACCGCCGGCAAGGCCGCUACCGCUGCCGAGACCAAGAAGGACGACGCGCCGCUGGCGCCAUAA